GACGUGAAAGAGGACGAGGCCUCACAACUAGCAACAGAUGCGUUUAACGGAUCAAAAAUGUGCUAACGCCAGCGCUAUUUUGCGGCCCAUCAACUAAAUUUAUUCAAAUAUAUUUCAAAAUAAUGAAAAAGGACGAUUACAAAGUGUUAUCUAAGGAGGAUCCUGCGCUCCAAACCACAAUAGCGUCCCCUAGGCAUCUUCUCCAGCCUAACGGACACACGCUCCUCCGCCAGGGCUUUGAGCAAACACCAGAAACAUGUGAACAGAAAGCGCACGUAAAGGAAGUUCACAUCAAAACCGAACCGAACUUGGAGCUGUUCUGCGAGGAUCUGUCGGAUGUCUUGGACGAGCUAGGAGAAAUCCUUGAAGAAGAGCAAGCGGACUCUGCGUUUGACACAGAGAUCGCGCCGCCACCACCUUCUUUCUGCCUGCAAGAUGACACAUCCCUGUUUACCAGAAGAAGUAACCCUGAUCACGAUCGUUCCCCCGUGAACAUCGACGAUUCCUUAGAGACCUCGUCAAACGACAGUGCAAAUAAAUCAAAAAAAGAUGAAUUCUUUGAGAAGGGAACCACUCAAAUAAUUCAAUCGCCUGACUCGAAGAGCCCCAACAAGCCUAGGAGUGGUACACUCAUCCCUUUCCAGGAAAGAAAGCCUAGAACCCGAAAGAGUUCCUCAAAAGACACAGUCUCAAAUAAGGCAAACCGGGUAAUCGAGGCAAAUCCUCAGAGUCCCCGGCCAACGCCCGAUGAUCGUAGAAGUUCUUAUAGAAAGUGCAAGACUCACGGCUCAAGCAGCGGUGGCCACAGGCUUAGAUCUAAAGAUGUUCGAAGUGGUUCCGACAGGCAGAGAAACUCCCGGAGUCCGUCCAAGCACAAAAAGAGCCCAGUCCGAUCUAGAGACAGGAGGAGAAGUGUGUCCCAGAACUCUAAGUAUUGUAAGCCGGAUCAGAAAAGGCACCGAAGUAAAUCCAGCGACCGGGUAAGAGGUCGGACGCGGCGAAGAAGUUCCCCGCGGGAGAGGCUGGACCGACGUCCUAAAUCGAGGUGCGGGUCCCGAAGCCCGCAUAACAUGCGCAGUUCCGAUUACAUAAGGUAUCCGCACAGAGAACGCUCCAGAACGAGAAUUCAUCAUCGCCGAAACAGUUCCUCUAGUCCUAGAAGAUCCUAUGACUUUCGCAGGGGGCACUUCAGAGGAUAUUCCCCAUCAGACCUGCCUCGAUACCGUUCGAGAAGUCGAUCCAGUUCAGGAAAGAUCUCAAGGAGUCGUCGUUCCAGAAGCAGAUCCCCUCGAUUGAGGGGAAUCCGGAGGUUAAACCAAGCAAGGAUCCUGACUCGCGGUCGAUCUAGGAGCACAGAGCGCUAUAGAAGCAGGUCUGUGUCCGUAACGAAAAGUAUUGACCGACCAUCGAACACCAAGAAGGGUCCCCGACUCGGAAGCAGGCCUCCAAGUUUGAGAAUUCAACUCACCUCCUCAAGAAAAUCCCCGUCUGCACAGAGCCCGCCUCUGCUGGAUGGGACGAUGACAGCCGUACAUGUAGGUAGCUCCUACCAGGCCAGUCAAUCAAGAGACCAAAGACUUCAGCCUAUGGAAAGUGUUUCCCCUGUGAGCAUCUCGCCCCAACCCAUCUCCCCAAUGGUUACACUUCACGACAAUAGAGUGAGCCGAAGGCAACUACUUCCCACGCCAACGCCUCCUCAUAUGUUCCACAUGCAGGCACAUUUCUCAAACAUUGAAUACAGGACUUCGCUUAGCUACCAGGCGCUUGGGCCGCCCUAUAACCCAGCUCCGGCUAAUUUGGGUCCCUUUGACUUGCGCCACCGUCUAGAUACAUCGCGCUCCCUAUGUUACCUAGGGCCGAACGAUCUGCGCCACCGGAUCCAAGGCCUUUGCCUUCAGAAUACCUACCUACCGCCUCCAGAAUUCGAUACCUAUGCGCAGUGGCCGCCGGACUAUACGAUCGAUUACAGCUCCAGCGGUUACUACUGAAAAAUAUACGUAUAAACAGAA